AUGGCACCUCUCCAGAAUGGCGACACCAAUGGUGUCAACGGCGAAUCACCCACGAUCAACUCGUUAGUCAAUCUUCGUUUCUCCGACAUCCCAUCUGCCAUCGAUAUUCCCGCGUCAACUCUCGAUAGUGAGGUCGAAGUGAGUCUGGAAGGGCUUCCAGACGAUCCCACAGAACUGUGUACUUUGCUGGAAAAUGAAAAAGCGGCAAAGAAUUUCUGGGUCAUCAUCGCUCUCGCGUAUGCUAAACAGGAGCAAAUCGACCACGCAAUUGACAUCCUGAACAAAGGACUAGCUUCGGCCGCUCACGGAGCGACCAAAGAGAAGCUGGGUCUACUGGGCUGGGUGUGCUGGUUGUUGAUGCUGAAGAGCCGCCAAGCUCCCCGAGUCGCGUCCGAAGGGGAGCUGUACACCGAGGCUAAGACCAAAGACCACUAUCUUCAGCUCGCGACAUCGACAUUGAACGAAGCCUCUCGGCUAAAUCCAGCAUUCCCACCGUUAUUUCUCGCCAGAGGAGUCUUGUCCCUCCUGCGUUCCUCAUUGUAUCCUCCGAAACCAGUUCGUACCGGUACCGUCGACGGGUCUGAGAGGGUAGAGUCCCUGCGACAGGCUCUCAAAUGCUUCGAUGAAUCAUCUAAGGCAUUCGGGGGCCGAAAUGUAAUGGCGAUUCUUGGACGCGCCAGAACGCAUUACAUGCUUGGCAGAUAUGCGGAGGCGUUAGAAGGAUAUCAGAAGGUGUUGAUGAAGAUGCCUGGCUUGACAGACCCGGACCCUCGUAUUGGAAUCGGGUCCUGCUUGUGGCAACUGGGGUUUAAAGAACAGGCAAAAAUUGCUUGGGAGCGAGCGCUGGCUCUUAACCCGGAUUCCAAAGUUGCCAACAUUCUGCUAGCCGUCUAUUACCUCUACGACAGCUCGCGGCAUUCUACAACCGACCCGGCGUUUGGCUCUUUGUACAAGGUUGCCAUGACCCAGUACACACAGAAAGCGUUCAAACUGGAUAAGUCGUACCCCAUGACUUGUGCGCUGUUUGGGGGGUAUUUCCUCUUGAGGAAGUCCUACUCCACUGUGGAUGCUCUGGCCCGUAAAGCCAUUGAACGCACGGAUGUGAUGCAGAUAGCUAGCGAUGGAUGGUACCUACUCGGUCGGAAAGCCCAUUAUGAAGGUGACGUUGCUCGCGCCACAGAGUACUACAACCGUUCCGACCAGGCUCGGGGCGGCAGUGAUAAGGGGUAUCUGCCGGCCAAGUUUGGUGCGGUUCAAAUGCAGGUGUCUAACAAGGAUUACGAUGGCGCCAAGUUCCGGUUGGAGAAGAUUAUCCAACAGAGUAAGAACUCGGAGUGCAUGACACUGCUCGGGGCUCUCCUGGCCGAGGAAGUCUUCGCGGCUCAGAACAGCAGUAUCAAAGAAGACAAGUCGGCUGAAGCGAAGAAGGCUACCGGUCUUCUCGAAUCGGUCCGGGCUCUUUGGAAAGAUGAGGGCAAGAAUCUCUCGCCGGAUGAGUCAGUCUUGGUAUAUCUAUCUCGGCUAUAUGAGAACACCGCUCCGGAGAAGAGUAUGCAGUGUUUAACUCAGCUUGAAGAAAUACAGCUGGCCGAGGUUCCCGAUGAGGCGCGUUCCCAAGACCUCGAGGAUGACGAGCAGAUGAAGGCUGCACUCCGUGCGAACCUACCCCCGCAGCUUCUCAACAAUAUCGGCUGCUUCCUAUACCAAGCGGAGAAGGCUGACCAGGGGCGGACCAUGUUCCAAGCGGCGCUGGAUGCCUGCGUCCGGUCGCAGGAGAAGGACAGCGAGCACGACACCGACGCUCUUGUCACAACCAUUAGUUAUAAUCUUGGACGUGCCUACGAGGCUUUAGACAUGCCUGAGGAGGCGAAGAAGGUCUACGAGGGUCUCUUGGAACGGCAUGCCGACUACACCGAGGCCAAUGCCAGGCUGACGUACAUUGCCCUGCGGCAGAGCCCGACCGACGAGGGGCCCAAGAAAAUGGCCAAGCUCUACGAGGCGGACUCGGCUAACCUCGAAGUCCGGGCCCUGUUUGGGUGGUAUCUGAGCAAAUCCAAGAAACGAACCGCGAAUCUAGCCGAAGACCAAGAGCAGCGGCACUACAAGCACACCCUGCAGUACUUUGACAAGCAUGAUCGAUACUCCCUAACUGGAAUGGGCAACGUCCACCUCCUCACGGCGCGAGACAUGCGGCGCGAAACCGAUCAAGAGAAAGAGAAGCGUCGCAAGAUGUACGAGCGGGCGGUCGAGUUCUUUGAUAAGGCGCUUCACCUCGAUCCCCGGAACGCCUACGCGGCCCAAGGCAUUGCCAUUGCCCUGGUGGACGACAAGAAAGACUAUAGCGGCGCCGUACAUAUCUUCUCGAAGAUUCGAGACACUCUGCGGGACGCCAGUGUUUAUCUGAACUUGGGCCAUGUCUACGCGGAGCUACGGCAGUACACACGCUCCAUUGAACACUACGAGGCGGCGUUGUCCAAGGACCGUGCCCGCGACGCGCAGAUCCUGGCUUGCUUGGGCCGAGUGUGGUUGCUGAAGGGUAAACAGGAGAUGAACCUAUCCGCUAUGAAGACCGCUCUGGACUACGCUCAGCGUGCGCACGCCGUCGCGCCGACGCAGGUUCACCUGGAGUUCAAUUUGGCAUUUGUGCAAAACCAGAUCGCGUCGCUAGCAUACAGUCUGCCGGAGACGCAGAAGACCGUGCAGGAUGUGGAAGACGCUGCCGAGGGGCUCCGCGAGGCGGUUGAAACAUUCGGACGGAUCGCGCAGGUGAAGAACCCCCCGUAUCCGGCGGGGGCGCUGGAGCAACGAGCCAACAUGGGAAAGACGAUCAUCAAGCAGCUGGAACGAGCUCUGCAGAGCCAGCGGGAAUAUGAAGAGAAGAACGCGGCCAAGCUGCAACAGGCGCGGGAGGCACGCGACGCCGAGAUCCGACGGCGCGAGGAGGAAGUCCGAAAAGCCCAAGAGGCGGAACAGGAGCGGAAGCAGAGGGUCGCCGAGGAACGACAGCACAUGAUCGAGGAGGCUCAGCGGCUGGCAGAGCAACGAGCGGAAGAGGAACGCGCCAGGGAGGAAGCGGAAAUGAUGACUGAGUCCGAGACGGGCGCCAAGGUGAAGCGCAAGAAGAAGAUAUCGAAACGGAAGAAGUCGCGGGCGGAGGACGAUUUUAUUGAUGACGGAAGGUCGCCAACCCGGGCCCAGAGUUCCGGACCUGAGAGCGACGGCGAUGCAGCGCCCAAGAAACGUCGUCGAUUGGAGCGCCGUUCGGGUGGAAGAGUGCAGGGCAAGUACAAGAGUAGUGAGAUGGUCGUGGACUCCGAUGAUGAGGACGAAGUCGCCGACACUACGGGCGCACCUGACGAGGUGAUGGGCGAUACUGGGGUGGAUGAGGAUGAGGAUGAGGAGAAUGUGGUUCAACGACGCCGGGCGAAGGUGACGCGUCGGAUUACCGACGAGGAUGAUGAGGAAGAGGAGGGAAGAAGGGAGAAUGAACCGGGUAAGGAAGUGGGACAUGAAGCUGAGGACGAUGAUGAUGGGCUUUUUAGUGAGGGGCUGGGAGAGGAAGAUACAGCGAUGAAGUAG